AGACUAUGUGAAUUAUUUUUAAGGCUUCUUGACUGCAUAGUUAGCCAGUUAGGUUUGAACAAUACUUUUAAGACUUAUCUUGUUAGGGGGAAAAAACUUAGCCUUCAGACAAGAUGACGCUGCGGAGGCAAAGCUGGUCCAAGUCCCCUCGCCGCACUAGCCAAACCUUGAACCGACGAGCACUCGUACAGUCUCUAAAACAAUUAUCCAAAGUCCCACAAACUGCCACAUCCCCAUCAGGCAAUGUUCUCUUUGGGGCAGCAUCCAAGGCAAACCUGAAGGUUGUGGUGAGGGUGCGGCCACUCAAUGCCAGGGAGCAGGAAAAUAAUGCCAAGACUGUGAUUGAGCUGGUGGAUGAACACAUGCUUGUGUUUGAUCCAAAGAAGGAGGAAGACAUAUUUUUUUAUCAUGGUGUGAAACAAAGGAGAGACGUAACAAAGCGGCAACACAAAGACCAAAAGUUUGUGUUUGAAAGAGUCUUUGGUCCUGAGUCAACCAAUCAAGACAUAUUUGAGACAACCACCAAAGACCUUAUUGACACUCUACUUGAGGGAUACAACUGUUCUGUUUUUGCGUACGGAGCAACGGGUGCAGGCAAGACAUUUACAAUGGUGGGGCGUCAGGACUGCCCGGGCAUCACCCUGCUCACUCUCAUGGAGCUCUAUGCCCGCAUUGACGCCAUGGAGGCAGAGAACCCUGGCUCCAGUGUUGAAGUUGCCGUGUCGUAUCUGGAGGUCUAUAAUGAGACAGUCAGAGACUUGCUGCAGCCUGGCAAACCUUUGCAAGUUCAGGAGGCAGGCCAGCAAGUGCUGGUACCAGGACUGUCAUACCACAAGCCCCGUGACGCCGACCACCUCAUGGAGCUUCUGGCGGAAGGCAACCGCAACAGAACGCAGCAUCCCACCGACGCCAACGCCGAGAGCUCCCGCUCGCACGCCGUAUUUCAGGUCUUCCCAACACUCACGCAGCUCAUCGCCCAAGAUGCAUCAUCCUCCAUACCAUCACAGCAACCAUCAACAAUUGACUCCUCUUGUAAAUGGGGACCACCCAGUACCUUCAGAUCCACCAGAUCCCCAGUGCAAACCUCUCCUUCACCAUCGCUCUCUCAGUACCCAAACACCCAAAACCACUCUGAUGCCCAUGCUAACAUCAACAGAUGUGAGACACAACCAGAACCCUCAAACAACAGAAAUCAAAACCAGACAGCCCAUAGUCCCGAGCACAGCCAAGCCCUCAACUGCCCACUAACCGCAUAA